AUGACCAUGUUUAAUGGUGAAUUUGGAUGCUCUACCUGUGAGGAACCUGGUAUAACAGAAAGUCGGGGUAAAGGUUAUGCCAGGUUUUAUCCUUUCAGAGAAUCAGAUGCAAAACCUCAAAUACGUAAUUCAGAAGAUAUUAAAAAUGCAAAAAAAACAAACCGACUAAAAGGUGUAUGUGGUCUAACUGGAUUAAUUGCAAUGCCAUGGUUUGAUGUUGUCUGGGGAAUCGGUGACACAAAGAAGCUACUUUAUUUAUGGUUCUCACAAACAUCAUCUGGACAACAAUAUUUAGUUGGAAAUCACUUGAAAAAAAUUUCUGAACAACUCAAUAACAUUCAACCACCUGAUUAUGUUGAACGUCUACCAAGAGAUAUUGUAAAAACAUUAUAG